UUUCAAAGUUUGGAGAAAAACUGUGUUUUGUGAAGCAAUCUAUCAAGAUUGCAUAAAGUCGAAUGAACACAUAAGUGGAGCUUAUGCUGAUACCAUACAGUACUGAUACUUGACGUAACAGUUGUGACUGGUGUAAGUCAUACCUGCCAUUUGGUUCCAUCUGACGAACGUUCCGGGAUUAUUGAGUAAUAAAGUCACUUCACUCGAGGUUGUGAUAAUGACACGUGCGUUUGGCUGGUGCGGAGUUUACAUUGAGAAACUUCAUCGAUUCACCUGGGCUGUGCAGGAAUCCGGACAUUAACAUAGGGAGUGAUCGUAAAUACUAGUUUGCAUUUCACGGCGAGAAACGACGAACUCGGAUCUACUCCCAGAAUGCCUCUGUUCGACUCUAUCGUGCUCACAGACUUUACGGACAUGCAUGACCUUGACAUUGCGAAUGGCUUGACGUCUCUGUCAGCCGGGGAUAGCAUCUCGGUGCUGCAUGGUACGGUGUUCGGAUCCCCGCGUAAGUUGGAUCGGGACAGCCACGAGUUUGAGGUGGAGGCGGAAGCAGAGGACAGCAUGGACCACUUGGGUCUCGACCUCAGCCUCGGCUUCUCCGAGCGCAUGAACGUCGGGAUCACGGCGGACACACGGGUCUUCUCACUCGACUCAGACUAUGAUUCUGACAGUGGCGGACACAGACGUAGACCUCA